AGUAGUACAGUAGUAAAGAUUGGGUCAGUCGAACUUCAGAACAUGGACGGCAGAUUUUUAUCGAAAUUGGUUCUUGUGCUUUUUUUGCAUACAGUCGUGAGAGGAGCAGCAGUGGAUCCACCAAGUAAAAUAGCGAUAAUCGGUGGAGGAAUUGGGGGUUCAUCAGCUUCUCAUUUUGUUCGUGAAAAAUUCGGAAAAAAUGUUCAAAUUGAUUUAUUUGAAAAAGAUUCGAGAAUUUGUGGCCGUCUCGACACUGUCACAAUAGAUGGACGAGAAUAUGAAAGCGGUGGCUCAAUUAUACAUAGCAAGAACCUGUACAUGAAGAAGUUUGUUAAGGAUUCUCCUAAUCUGCAAGAAGCGAGUUCUCUUUCCAGCACACUUGGAAUUUUCGAUGGAAAAGAUUAUGUAUUACAGACAAGCACAUGGUCUAUCGUAUCUUUGCUUAAAAUGUUUUGGACAUUCGGAUUGGAUUUAUUUCGACUUCAAUGGCUUGAGAAAAGAUUCAUAAAUAAAUUUGUGGGAAUAUACGACCUUCAAAAACAAGGUCAUAGUUACGACACUGUUCAAGGCUUUUUGCAUGCGAUAGGAGGGAACGAUUUUGUGCAUGCCACACAGAUCACUGGAGUUGCUGAGUUUUCUUCUGAUGGGAUCGGCGAAUUCAUGAUUGACAAUUUGGUGUCGCCAGGUUUGAGAACAAACUACGGCCAGAAUGCCAGCGUUAAUGGAUUCGUUACCGCAGUAUCAAUGGCUGGCAUACAACCUGGUCUAUGGUCUGUAAAAGGAGGCAACAAGUUAGUCUGCGGAGAACUCGUUAAGAAUUCAUCAGCAAAUAUAAUAAACGAACAAGUAUCGAAAGUAGUGUAUAAUGCUGCGUCGAAAACAGAGAAAUUUAGUGUUUUCACAAAACAAAGUCCAUCUCAACCAAAGACCUAUGAUAUAGUUAUAAUCGCGGCACCAAUACAAAGUGACAUGUACCACAUUGACUUGUCAUCUGCUUGUUCUAAUGAAGAAAACUGUCCGAGUUCAAAGACCAAUGGAAAACGAUACAGGAAAACCACUGCAAAUUUUGUGAAAGGCAAAUUGAAUUCAAGUUUAUUCAAAUGCAACUCAUGGAAAGUCUGUCCAGGAUCAAUUCUUGUUUCAAACCAGGACACAUUCUACAGGAGCAUUGGUCUUCAUAUUCCCGUAGACUACGAUCCAACAUCAGACGAGGUUGAUCCCGUGUACAAAGUCUUCACCACUGAUCCAAUGACUGAUGAACAGAGAGAUUACCUAUUUGAAUCGUACACCACGAAAGCAACUGUUGUAUGGAAGGCAUACCCUGUCUAUGAGCCACCAGAGGAGCUCACAUCAUUUGUUCUAAACUCUGCUGGAUUGUACUAUACCAGCCCUAUGGAGUGGGUUGCCAGUGCCAUGGAAAUGUCAGCGAUUUCAGCGAAAAACGCUGCUUUACUGGCGUACAACAACUGGUUUGGGAAGGAUAGUGACAACACAACAGCAAUGAAAGGAGAAUUAUGACAUCACUGUUCGUAACUAUAACAAGUUGAUAGUGGGAUUAUAAUAACAUAAUAAUUUACUAUUCCGAAUAUAUUUUAAUAAUAAUAAUAUUUUUGACUUACUGAAAUUAAUUAAACUUCAUGGAAUCUUGCAUUUCCUUUAUCCACCUUUUUUGCAAUAAACUUCAAAAAUGUAGCAGUUGCCUGCCUUUGUAGCACAUAAAAAUCUUGCACUUAAUUAUCCCCCUUGGGGGUUUGGACCUGCGUGUGUGCAUGUUAUAUAAAAAUUCGGGGCUCUCCCAUAGUAUGUGAACCAAGAUGGGGACACAUGACUGUAGUAUGUGUACCAGGUUAGGGUUAGGCCAUAAUUUUAUUCCAAUUUUCCUUAUUUUAGUUCUAUUACGAGUUCGGGGACUAGCCAAGUGACUACUGUAGUAUUUGUACCUGAAAUUAUGGCCUAACUCUAACCUGGUACACAUACUACGUUCCGGUGCCCGUCAUCUACAUCCUAGUCAAGAAAUGUAUCACUGCUUCAUUUUUAUUAUAAAAACUAUCAUCUGUUCGGUUUUCAACUUUCUAAAAAUAUGUGCGGCCGGCCAAUGACUUGCAAACAUUAUUUUGGCCCGCGAGCGACAAAAAGUUGCCAACUCCUGCUGUAGAAGCUAAAUGACCAAGCCAUCUAUAUUAAAUGAAUCUUAAUGGUUUUUCUCAUUAUUUUUCAUGAUUGUGUAGUUAAAGUCGAUCUCUUUAAAAAAUUGUUCCUUUGCAAUAUUUGCUUUUUAAACUUAGCAACAAGGUGUCUCUGACUGGAUGACUCACUGAGUGUUUCGUGACCCCUCGUUAAUUGCUAAAUUCAAUGUUUUCCGAUUUUUGUUAUAUUUAUUUGUGUUUGUUUUGCAUUGAUUCUUGCACGAUGAAAAUAAAUAUUUAAAUCUGUCGAUAGCAGUCGAUGCAACUAACAGCAUUCAUCAUGUUGUAUUUGUUUUCAAUUCAUGUUUAAUGUUGUUUGUGAAAACUGAAUUGCUAAGUAUUAUUUUUUUUUGAUAUACUGUACUGCUUUGAUAUACUGCUUUUUACACCAAUUUUAACUUCUAGAUGAGGGGGGGCUUUUCUGGUGGAUUAAAAAGGGUGUUUCUUAAAGUCUUAGACCAACUAAAAUGUCUGUUUCUCAUUCUUAAUUAGUUUACAUUCUUUCUGAUGCACGGCUUUCGUCAAGUUUUGUUUCACGAGGAGGGCUUUUUUGACGAAUGGAAGUAAAUAAAUGAUUUAUAAAUAUACAUUUUCAGUCCUUUGUUUUCAUCGUGUUUCAAAUGACCAGUGUUAUUAAUUUUCUUUCUGUUCAAUAAAUUAAGCCGCAGUGCUUGUGCUUUCUAAUGGAAAUAUUCGUUGU